ACGAGAGCCACGCUUUUGCUGAUAGGCGGUUUCUAGAUUUACUUCCGAAUCUUGUUUUCGCCAGGGAUCUCUUCCGCUAUGUGCAAGACCGCUUCGAUGAGACUUUCUCGAAUCGGAAGAGGGAACAGUUUCAAAGGGAAGUCGAGCAAAAGCUCAAACAUCAGCAAGAAGAAGACGCAGGAGAUGUCGCUGUACAGCAACCACAACCACGUAGGCCCAACCAAGCACUUUUGCCUUCGCCCGGCUCUGCAGCGUCGUUAUCAACUAUGGGGGGUGAUGAAGAGCAAGAGCAUGCCCUCGAUGGCUCAGAGCAAGAGCUCCUAAGUAGAUGCAGCAGCACGACCACUUGUGUAACCGGCGGGACCUCCAUUUGGUCUUCCUCUUUGGCAAAUUCGACACCUUCGCCUGUACCUGGCUCGCGAAGAAGCUGCGUCGUCGAGUCAGCACUUUCACGGCAGCAGCAGUCUUCUAACCCGUUUGCUUCAUCAACUCCUAGUGGCUCUACAACUUCUAGUGGUGUUCGUGGAGACCUCCUACAAGGGUACCAACAGGAUGAGGAGGAUGAAGAUUGUGGCGACCACCUUCAAGGGCAAACGAAUCUAUCGACUAUCCUGGACGAGGCCAAUCACUUCGCUUCCAACAGUGCUCUGUUGCAAGAACAUGUUCGAGCACAAGGAGGUGGUGCUUUGAGGACGGCAACUUCCUCUGCCCCUGUGAUCCACGAGGACAAACCGCUUGAAGCGGAGACCUCGUCAGCAUGGAAUCCUGCUCAGAAAGAGGCGGCCGCUGAUGAACUGCAAGCUGCCCAGCUGCAGGAGGAGAUGGAGCUAUCAUUUUCUGCCGAAUUGGACUUGCAUCUGAAGCAGGUAGCCGAGUCAGAACGGCGAAAGAGACGAGACGCUCUUCAACAAGAGGAAAAAGAGCGCAAGAAGGAACGAUCGAAUUGCGCACGGCUGCGGCAAGAAGCGGAGGACCGAGGCCUUGUGGUGAGUCCGGUUCGAGCGCAUCAGAGCAUGCAUGCCUGGCGUGGAGACUCGAACUGUUCUCUGGCUAGACAGGCUGAACAGUGGGGAAAUCGUCGAACGUUGCGGGAACUCAUAGCUGCGAAGAAAGCUGGAAGGACCGCGAAGGCCAAGACCAAGAAAGAUGUGCUGUUAUCUGCAUCUACGGCAUCUACAUCUUCUGAGUCGUCUUCUUCAGAUCCUACAGCUUCGACAACAAGAACGUCGCUUCCUCAAACAAAGGAAACUCCCGGUGGAGGAAGUCUUCAGCAGCAGCAGCAGCAAUUUUUUGCGUCAGAUGAUACUUCUCUCACCGAGAGAGGCAUUGUUCCUCCUAAAACGUUGAAAAAUUGGCUCUCUCCUAUGGACAUGAAGUUGCAUGGCACAGCGGAUGUAUCAGAUGAAGGGUUGGUUACGGAGGAAGAUACUGCUAGACAUCACAUGACGAAUAGUCAUCUCUAAAUCUAAAUCUUCUAGGUCCUCAAGAUCUAGAGCACAGUGGGUUCGACUUAUAUAUCUACGAAGGCGUUGGCUUGUUCACUUAUCAAGAUGUCGUUCUAGCAGCUCGUAGUGAUUACCCCUCUAAUUUUGCCGAUGCGUUAAACUUGAAAUGUAGCAACGCUAUCUUUCCGAUCGCGUGGGAGGAUGUUGCAGCUUUAGGCGGUGGGGAGAAAGCUCAUGUGGAUGACUACCUAAUGUUAAGGCUCAGUAUUUAAUAUCAUAUUUCUGGAUUUGAAGCUCUUCAUUAAAAAAGUAAUAAUGGUCAAAAGAUUUCGGAGAGGUUUUUCGAGGGAUUAUCGGGGGGAGAAGGGGGGGUCCUAGGGGGGGGGGUAGGGGGGGCCAACCCCUGUCCAACCCCUGGCCAACCCCUGUCCGACCCCUGUCCAACCCCUGUGCCUGUCCGACCCCUGCGCGACCCUCUUCGCGAGACCGCAAGCUUGAAGCCACUUCUCCUAAACCCGGUCGCAAGUCCCCGGCGCUACUCCCCCCGACACAUUCCCCCCCGACACUCAACAAACACGCGCGACAACCCUGCAAGAGGAGCAAACUUCAAAGAGCUCCACCCCGUGCUUGAGACUCAUACUCCGCGAACUACUUCCACUGCCUUCGAUAUUUUCAAGAGGGGGGAGGGGGGCCACCACUGUCCAACCCCUGCGCCUGUCCAAAUGGUCCAAAGAGUCUCAGCCGGGUUUUUUGAGGGAUGGCCGGGGGAAGAAGGGGAGGCGGGGGCAGGGGGGCGGGCGACCCCUGUCCAACUUCCGCGCCAGAUCAGGCGCGGCGACGCUUGAGAACCUCGGCGAAAACUGGAGAAAAACCGGCACCACAGUAGGGGGCUAGCGUUUCGCAGCUCCCCCUUGGGAGUGUGUGUGCGGAGGUUGCGAGCGAGGGGAAGGGGGGCCAACCUGCUGGCAACGCCUUCACAACUUCCCGCCUGCUUGAUGAUUUUCGUGGCACAAAGCCGAAAAGGCGCCGAAUGUAAGAGCCAGCCACGCGGGUGGGAGGCCAUAGCUGUAGGCGCGCGGCUAGCUCCUCGCGGAUCUGGACACCCCCCGAGGAGAAUGCGGCUGGAGGAGUCCGCGGGCGGGCAAUCUCACCAAGAUCGAAACGCGGCGCCCAACUCCCGGCCCGCCCGGGCAACCCCCUCGGGCCCCCUGCGCCCGGUCGCAACCGACAACGCGAGGAAGAAGCUGUGAAAAGUGCCAGCCUUAGAGGCUGGCCCCGUCAUGUCUCUCUGUCUGACUCUGAGAAGAAAACCGCAAGAAAGCCCGGCAGCCGAUGGGGAGCGCCUUCGCAAGCUCCGCGGGCUUCUUGAUUUUAAGCCCCGCGCGGUGGGUCUUCUUGCUCUUUCUUAUUUUGAAGGCGCUGGCUGCAUCCAUAUGAGAAAGAGAAACAGCCCAAGGCCCUGGGCUUUCGGGUUCGCGCCGUGCCCGUUUUUUCGGGGGUCCACGCUGCUCCCCAUCUUUCCGGGGCGGUGGCGUGUUUGCUUUGUCUUUGUGGGGCCAUGCUGUAGCUUUGGGGCUUGAGCUCAUACGGUGCCCCAGAGGUCCAGCCGUAUGGUGUUAGAGAGGGGCGCGGCCAUGCGGUGCUUGGUUGGGGGGUCUGGUUGUGUCUUUUUCGGGGGUGUGCUCGUGCUGCUCCGGGAGGAUUGGCUUUGGCCAAGCUGCGCCCCAGGGGCGGGCCAUGUUACGUGGGUAGGCUAAGCCGUGGCAAUCUUGGAAGGCUGUGGCGCGUUUUUUUAGAGGUCGGGGCGUCGGUCAAUGUUUGGGGUUCGUGGUGCGCUUGGGGCGCCUUUCUGCGCCAUAUUGGCCACGUUUUCGCGGGGGGGUCCUUGCAUGCGUCGGGGAGCCAGAGCGCGGUGAGAGGUCGCGGCGUCGAUCUGUGUUCGGGGGGGGUGUGGUGUGUCUGGGGUGGUCGUUCGUGGUGUUUUUGCGGGGGUCGCUCGGCGUUUAAGGAGUCGCGGCCUGCCUUUUUAGUCGUGGCACGUGCCUGCCGGGGGUUGGGUUCGUUUGUGUGUCUGGAGGGCCGUGGCGUGCCUGGCAGGUCAUGUGGUGUCUGGGGUCCCCUCAUGUGUGGGGGGUCGCGCGGUGCCCCUUGGGCUUCGGGGGGUUGUGCUGUGCUUGGGGGGCUUGCUACGUACAUAAUGCCCAAAGGUUCACGCUGUGCCUGCUCAGGGGGUCCGGCUUUGUUUUUUGGACUGUGCAGCGCUUGGGGGGUUCGUUGCGCUGCGGCGCUAUAGGAGGUCGCGCGCUGCCUGGUGGGUUGCGUGGCAUCUUGGGUGCUGUCCGCGUUGUGUCGGGGGGGUCUGGCGGGGGCAGUGGUGUCCAUUUAGCUGCGCUGUGCUUGCGGCGCCGUGGCCGUGGGCAGCCUCUCACUUUUCUGCAGAGGCCGCGCGUAUUCCUGCAGUUUUGAGGGGUCGCGAAGUGCGGGGGGGGGGUGCGUGGGUGGCUCGCUGGAGGAAGAUCGCGUCGCGAGGAGCUUGGAGGGAUGCACGGCCGCGGCGCGUGCUCACAGUCAUGCAGAUCUUGAGGGGCCGCGUGGUGUUUUAAGCGCAACGCGAACGCAGUGCCCCCAGGCGGCCGCGAUUCUACUAAGGGGCCCCGCUGUGUCUGAGUGGCUGCGGCAUGCUUGGCGGGUCGUGGUGUGUCAGCGUCAGGGGAAGCGCGGCGCGCUUUGGUGGUCGUCGUGGUGUGUUCAGGGGGUCGCCAUCCAUGUUUCGCCUUGGGGGCGCGCGUUGUGUGGUUGUGACUAUCUGGCCGCGGUGGUCUUCAAGGAUCGCGGUGCGACUUGGGGGCCACCGAGUGAGGGCUUGGCGUCCAUGCUGGCGGCAGUGCUUGCCUUGGGGUAGUUAUGUCGUUUCUCGAGGCUGCGCGUUGAGGAGGCAGCUGAAUCCCUUUGCGGUCAUGUAGAUGCUGCAGGCAGGUCACGCCGUGGCGUUUUUUUGGGAGUCGAUGGCGAUGCGUUGGAGGGUCGUCGUUGUGGUCUGUUUCUCGUGGGUCACUUUGUGCUUGGCGUCUUGCUUGGGUGGUGCUCGGGGGGUGGUGGCUGCUGCCUGUGGGUGCAGGGGGGGCCAAUUCGUUCCCAGGGGGGCAGGCAAGCAAUGUCUCGGAAGGCAUGCGGAUGCUGCAGCUACGGCAGCGGGGCGGGCUGUGUUUUGCAGUGAGUUAAGAAGGCCGCGCGGCGUCAGGGUGCGCGUGGUGUGUUUCAAGGGCCACGGUCCGUCUUCCGUAUGGGUGUGGGAUCGUGGUGCCUUGGGGGCUGCGCGCUGCUCUUUGUUUUGGAGGAGGUCACGCUGUGCCUUUAAAAUGGGGGCCAGGCUUUUGCUUCUCCUUUUGUGGCUUGGCUUCCUUUUUUCAGUGGUGUCGCCGCGUGCUGCGUCCAUUUGGUCGCAAUGAGUUGAGGGGGGUCAUGGUGGGCCUUGGUAGGCUUGGCGCUGUGCUUCUGGGGUCCGUCGUGCUGCGUUUUGGUGCGUGGCCAGGCGGCUGCGCUUUGGAUGGUGCGCGGUCAUGCGGGGCCUUAUGAUGUAGGGGCGAGAGGUCUCCAUAAGUUACAGCGUCGGGGGGUCACGGUGGUCCUUUGGGGUCGUGGGGUGUCUUAGUCGUCCUCGUCGCCGCGGUGUGUUCGGGGUGGUAGUGCUGUGCCCUUCGGGGUCUUGCUGUGUUUUGGGGUCCGUGCUGUUUUGGGGGUGCUGUGUUGUUUUGGAAGUUCGUCGCGCUGUCUCUUUGGCGGUCGUGCUGGUGUGUCUUGGUUGUCAUGCCUCACGUCCGGCCAUGUGUCCCUUUGUGGGUCUAUGCUGACUGUGCCCGGGGGUCACGCCGUGCCUUUGGGGCCGUGCUCAGUUUUAUGGUUUGCCAUGCAGUGCCUUUGGGGGUUUGGGGUCAGGGGGUGCCGCAAGGGGGUCGCGGUGCCUCUUGCGGUUUUGCUCUUUUUUUUAGGGGGCGGGUCAUGUCAUAGCCCAGGGGCUGCGUGUUGUCUGCGGGGUUGCUUCCUUUGUCUUUUGGGGGCUGGCGGUCUGUAGUAAUUUGCGCGGGGGGUCAUGCUGUGCCCCUAUGCUCGUGCUCAUAUUGUCUUCUGGGGGCCGUAGUGGGUUGCCUGGAGGGUCGCGCUGUGUCUUCUUGGUGGUCGUGGUGUGUUAAUAAGUUUGGGGGGCCGUGGUGUCUUUGGUGCUUCGUGUGUUGCUUGGGGGACGCGCUGCGACUGCGUGGCCACGUUGUAGCUUGGGGCCGUGCGGUGCUUAAGGGGUCGCGCUGUGUUUGGGAGGUCGCGCUGUGUUUGGAGAGGUCGGUCGUGCUGCGUUUGGGGAGGUCGUGGGGCACUUUGGGGGCCGAGGCGGGAUCGAUGGGCAGCCCCCGCUCGUUGAGCCAAAGAACAAACCCGAGGGCAGUCAGCUAGCCCUAGGCGAGAACGCGGGCAGCUCAAACCGGAGAGGCUUGAGCGGCCAAAGCUGGCCCCGGCCAAACUGCCUGGGCAAGCUGAGCGGGACCAGCGAACAAGACGAGCAGGGCGCGCGGGCUUGGGAGGGCUCACCGACGUCGGGCGCACCUUACGGCAUUGGCAACACCUCCGGCCCGCCCCCGCGCACGCAUGAAUGUCCGCCGGGCCUGUCUCAUUGGCGUGGCGUGCCUAAUUGAUUCCGCGCGCCAGGGUUCUGGGUUCCGUGGGUUGCUUCGGUCUUUGUUCUUCUCCAUCAUCUCGACGGCAGCCGCCAAGGCCAAGGGGCGGGCGCUCCGUGCCUCAGUCCUUUUUUUUUUUGCUUUCUCUUAUGUUUCUACUCUGUGCCUGUGACUGUGCUGCUAUCAAGGAGGGGUCGCCCAAGGGGCGACCCCGGUUUCUUGUACAUAUAUAUCUCAUUUCUCCAGGAGGUCUACUAGGUCAUUUCUCGCUGUUUCCUUCUUGGGAUUCAUCUGCAGAAAUGAAGGAAAGAAAUGGGAAAUGCUUCGCGCUCUAAUAAUGGACCUAGAGCAGCUCUUUUGCAGUCGCGUUGCCUUCAUUUGGGCACGCCGUCAGUUUGAAAACGAGCUCGGGAACAUUCGCCAGAUCGUCCGCUUACAUCAGGCAACGGAGACCACCAUUAAAAAACUGGAGGAGAAAAAAAAACUGGAGGAGGGUGGUCCCGCUGUCAGAGGAGCAGGACGUUCAGGAGGCGGUGGCGGACAACAGCUGCUAUCACAAUUUUUAUGUUGACGAUGAACUACGCACUUGAGCUUUUUUGAAUAAUGUUCUUUGAGUAACUUCUUAGGUAGUUGUCAAGCUAGUUGUACUAUCACACGGGAGCAAUCCAAAAUCAAUACAGAUCUUUGGAGGUCUUUCGCCCAUCUACUGAUCUUUGAUACAGAAGAUCAUGGAAGACUCGGUCUUUCAAGAGCCGUCUACUGAUUAGUAAACUUUCUUUCUCAGUUAGGGGUCUACCACAAUUGAUAAUAAAGGAUACUAGACGCAAGACUCUAAGAUCAGAGAACGCGUAUCGGAAGAUACCGAAUCCCUAUUAUGGCGCCGCGGGUAAGAUGAUUGCGCCUUUACCGCCAACAUCUACCUGGUGGUUCUCCUCGGCAACGUCGUGGAAUGGAGACGCAGUAGCUGCAGCCUCUGGAUCCGGAAGGGGCUCAGGUCGUCCUUUACCGCCCCUAGCUACUUGGGCCCUCGUCAAGUACACUGGUCUCUCGACGCGGCCACUGGAACGUACCACAGGAGACGGCUUUUUGAGAAAGAGGAUUCUUCGCAACGGAGGUCUGUUCUUUCAUGACCCUCUUUUCGGAAGUCCCCCGAUCGGCGAAGGCAUUUGGGAUGAGGAGCACGAUGUAGCUGAAAAAUGGAUCCAAAUGCAAAGGGACAAUCGAAUCGUCUUUGGCCAAGCAGGCGGCGCUGCAACUACUAGUACAACCAACGGCCGUAAAAAGAAGAAGAAAGAGCAGAAGAUGAGCAAAGGUCAACUCCAAGAGCUUCACGUGAAAGAUCAACAUCAUCAAGUGCGGGGGGCGAAAGAAGCAACAACUGCUACUACCCGAAGUAUGGUCCUCCCCACGAAAGGUGGUCUCCGUAUCAAAGGGCUGAAGCAAGUAGAAGAAUUGGAAGCGAGACGGAGUAUAAGCGGGACGUUUGUGACUGAGGACGGACUGGAGGUGCAAAGCAGUGGCAUAGAAAGAUCUGAAAAAACUGCUCUAAGGAUCAUGGCUGAGGGAGUAGGAAUGGGUGUGGACCCACAAGCGUUAAAUGUGUAUGGUCGGAUUGAGCUAGAUGAACGCAAAGCCCAAGAGCGAAAGAAUGAAGAAGAGCGAAAGAAAAAAAUCUUGGCGGAAGUCGCCAGGCGAACAGCACUCAGAAAAGCAGCGGAAGAGCACGAGGAAGCAGCCUCCAAUAAGGCAGAAGAAAAAGCUUCUUCGUCUUCCCUUACAGAGGAAAAAGCAAGCCAACUCCAAGCAUCAAUUGUUCUUACACCGCGAGAAGGUGACAUCAAACAAGCUUCGGAUAGUACUAUGGUCGCCAGUGGAGCUGCAGAUGGCAAAGAUCAUCUGAAGGUGGAAACCUCCGAGGCAGAGACUGUCUCAAAAGAUUUUGCUUCUACUGCCAAAGAGGAGCCGAACAGCAUGGUCACUUUUUAUCAAAGUCCUACUUUCCGCAACGGCUACGAACGUGUGAAACUGGAAACAGAACAGAGAGGGGCUGCGUUGCACGUUUUUCAGAGGCUCGCUUGUGAGUAUAUGGAUGAUUUUCCCAACGCUUCAGUCGAUUGGCUCAUCCGGCAAUGGUUCCAAAUUCUGCUACCCCAAGUGCUGUAUGAGCAAGCCAUUGUCUGGCACAAGGUGUGGCUAAGGAAGCAACUCUUCUUACCAGCUGCGGGAGGCGGAGGUCCGAGUAAAAAGGAGUUAAUCUUCAGGGGAGAGGUCAAAACAGAAACAAAAGAUACUGCUGCGCGACUAGUUGGUCCUAGUAGAAAGGAGACAUCACGACGCACGAGGAACCUUCUAGCCACUUUGCCGAAGAGUGCAUUGGAUAGGAUAAACGCUUAUCAUCCUGUGCCCGAAUCUUGCGAGGACUUGACUGCGCAAGAAGAGUACGCCUUACUGGAGAAGAGGAGGCGAGGGGAGCCUCUCCUGGUCCCCAGCGCCUACCAUGAAUCCGACGUUGUGGCAGAUUGGAAACCUUCGGAGGGGAGCAAGAGUUUCCUCCAUACUACGGAGGAGCGGAUGUAUGUGCAGGAGAUGGAGGAGGUGUAUCAGAGGACCACUUCAGGAGGAUCUCCAGACGAAGAAAAAGGUCCUCUUCCGGAGGCUUCGUACGUGAACUUUGCUUUUGUUGCUCUGAAAAAGUGGUGGCCGGCAGUCGAUCCCGUUCUUGGUCUAGACAUGAACAGCAGAAAGUACGAGGACUUUCACUUACUGCAAAGGAUGACGGAGCUUUUUGCGGACUACGAAAGAACAGCGGGUGGAGAGGUCUAUUUAAGAUGGCAGGGUGAGGAUUUAAAAAACCUGAGGAAUUUGGUCCCUGAAAGCCCUCAGCACAUUUUGGGAAUUGCAAACUACUUGUUUCUGCACUCCUUUGAGGUGAUGGACCAUUUUUUGUUGCGGCAAUGAUCGACGCAAGAAACCUACUUACUGGGGAUUUGGUAGAAUAACGCAAUAUAUGAACGUAGAACGACACUGACUAGGUACUACAUUAUGGUGGGUGUGAUCUCCGAACUUCUGUGGAGCGACCCUGACUAGGUACUGUAAGGUGGAUGUUGUCGUGGUCGUGCCUUUCUCUCUACGCGGAUGUGAUCCUCUGGUAUUGUUCGUCAUAGGUUGGUAUACUGUAGACCACUUGUUAAAUUUGACAUUAUUGAAUUGCGCCCGUUCUGAAAUUUGAAUAGAUGAAAUGUUCUGUCGUGAGAGUCUGAUCCUCGUCGGUGGUUGAGAAUAACCGCUAAAGACGUACGAUCAUGAUGAUGAUGGACGACCGCGCCAUUAGGUUUUAAAGACUGUUGUACAACUCAACGAACAAACUAUCAUCUAUCAUGGAUGUCGUAAAAAACGCAAAGCGAAGUUGUUCUACUUCACUUUCUAGUACUUAUAGAUACCUUUUUUUACUACACACCAACAACGAACUUUGGCUUUGUGCUACGUGGAGGUAGGGAGUAGGGGUAACCUCCACAACCGUCUUUUCAGGAAACACAUUCAUGAUAUGAUCUAAACGCUUUUUAUAACUGUACAUGCUUUCCUUUUUUUGCUUUUUCUAGUUAGGUUGGCUCCA